GCAGCAGGUGUUUUGAACUCGACUAAAAAAGAAUUAUCAAACAUUCUUUAAUGAAUUUCUACAAUACAAUGUGUCAGAAAUAUAUUUGUAAAGUUUCGGUUGUUUGCAUUCGUUUGUGACUAGGUUUUCUGAUAAUGUCAAGCGUUCGGUUAUUAAAUGCGAAAACGUUCGUUGAAAGCAUUACGAGUAGAAUUUUUUUCGGUCCAAAUGUUUGUUAAUUUAUAAGAAUCGUAUCAGAUUCUGUAUUGCUGGGCAAAAAAAAUAAAUAAAUAAAUAAAUAUAUUAACCUUGUCUGUAUCAGUUGAAAAAAGAAAAAAAAUAAAUUGGCGCGCAAUUCACAUACGUACGUACACAAUAAAAUUAUGGAAAAGAAGUAUAUGGUUCGCAGUGUGGUUUAUCAUCAUUACGUUCCGACAAACGAUGGUUUAAAUUUUCAUAUGUGCAAAGUAUCUUUCAGUCUCCGCGCUGAGUGUCUAUAGUUGAAAUGAGCGCGUGGUUGAGCUUAGCAACUGAACUGUAAUACAAGCGAUACAAUCAAUAUACAGUAGACUUGUUUCUUUCGUUUUUCAUUGAUUUCAAUAUAAACAACACGCUGCAUAUACAGCGAAGAAGAAAGAAAAAAGAUAAAUACGAAAAAAAAAACAACACAAAAAUGAUUGUGUAAUAGUGACAGCCCAAAAGCAACGUUCCAAAAACAAAAAAGACACUUGCUUUGUUUGAACUGAGAGCAAAGCGGCGGCAAUUCAACAUCCAGAAUUGACCAACGUGCAACAUAAAGUGUUCAGUGCAUUUAUUUAAAACAAAUUUACCUAUGGCGAUUAGAAAGUGAUAAUCAAAUUUAGAAUGGAUUCAACACAAUUUAUGGAUGCUGGAACCUAUGCAUGGAUCGUAAUAAUUAUAUUUUUCCUUAUUUUUUCUGCGCUUCAAAUCCGGAAUUGUGUUCGAAAUGUGCGCGGCAUCAAUAAUAACUUUUCCGAAAUGUAUACCAACGAAGCGGGCACUUCAUGUGGUCAAUCAUCGGUGUAUACGAUCGAUGUAGCUCAUUCAACACCGUCGUAUAAUUUCACAAAUCCCGGAUACAUACCAACCGAAGGUGCAGUGAAAGGUCAAUCAAAUGACGGACUGCCAACAUAUGAAGAAGCAAUUGCAGGUGUUAAAACUCCAAAUGGUCCUGUAACGACAGCAGUACCAACGUCACCAGCCACCGUUGCAGUGAUUGAUGAAGAAAACGAAAAUGUUUCAUCAUCACGGGGUCGAAGACAUAGACAUCGACGACAUCGUCAACAACAUAAUUCAGACCGACAAAAUGAAAAUUCACAACCGGAUGCAUCGGAAGAACAUUCACGGCGACAUCGUCAUCGAAGGGGCUUUCGAUUAAAGCGACAUUUAGCUAAAAUUAAUCGACGAAACCAUACAGAGACUGACUGAUAUCAUUAUAAACUCCAAAAAAAAAAAAUGUUCUUACUCUUUUUUAUUCAACAAAUUUAACAUUUUUGUGUAAAAAUAAAACACAUUAGAAUUAUAAAUUUGCCUAA